AUGCCUAAUAAAAUUGAGGCUUCUAUUCGAAUGGCUGAACUUAUUUUAAGAAUAUCGAAUGUUCAUAAAGUUGCUGCAUUUAAACGAGAAACUUUAUGUACAAUUGAGACUUUUAAUUUAAUGUCUCCACAUCCAUUAACUAUGGAACUUUCCAAAAAAUAUGCUGAAAUUUCUUUCUUUUAG